AGCAAGCCCUCCUUAUGAAGUUGCUCGUUCACGUGCAACUUGCUGUAUAUACGCUCUAGAGGCUUGUUUUUGGAAAUGUCGAAACGAUGCAGUGAUGCUAUAUCUACUGAUAUUUUUCUGCGGAAGCGUAUAUGUAUGGUUGAAGAUCGCGGUGUCGACCGCCUCUCGUCCUUGAGCGACGAACUGCUGCUUCAUAUCUUGUCCUUUCUUCCAAUCCGGUCACUAAUUAGUUGCCAGAGGUUGUCACAUCGGUUUCAUGCUUUGGCCGGAGACUCGGAGCUCUGGAAGAGGCAAUAUUAUUCACAAUGGGUACGACCUCGUGCACGCCGAUUAGCAAAUGUGAGACGUUCCACCUUUCCUUCGUCAAAAGCAGAGUACUCGCCCAAAGUGUCAACAUGGCUAGAUCACAGCCAUCUAGCGGGAGAUGGGAAAAUUACAAAUUGGAAAAGGCAGUAUCGACUUAGGCACAACUGGUCCAAAGGCAUUUGUCGGGUGACUGAAGUCGAAUUUCCACAAUAUUCAUCCCCUCAAAUGCUAGCAAAGUUCUGCGCCGGUGUUGUUAUUACAGCAGACUCCAAUUCUGGGCUCCGGGCUUGGGUUGCAAGGAAUCCGAAAUCCUGCAUAGCAAGGGUCUCUUUCUCAGAAUCCCAGACGAAAACACGUUUUGUACCGACAGCUUUAACGGCAACCCGCGGUUUGAAUCCACAUUUGAUUGAUAUUGCAGUGGGGUUUCAGAGCGGAUAUAUCAGCAUGUAUAAUUUGGACCUCGAAACAUCACAGCUAAAUUUACGCUUUACUUAUGCUGGAUCUGCCGAUGGGGCUAUAAGCGCAAUGGCAUCAUCGUCUCCAUAUAUUCUGACAGUCUCACAUCAUAAGGAUCUUUCGUUAUAUGAAAUCUCGUCUGGGCUCAACGAUCCGGGAAAGCCUGGUUUGCCAAAGGGAGCGCGCCUUCUUGCCUCUCUCAAGGCGGACAAUAUCGUAGCACCAACAUCGCUAUGCAUUCGUGUUGCUCAUUCCGAAAUAAUCGCCUCUAUUGUUUAUAGCUUUUUUCAUCUUGGCUGCGGCUGGUCACUAGGGAUCCAGGAAUUACGCCUGGACAGUAAUGGCCAACAGCUCGAUUCGCGGCUUGCGACAACUGUGGACUCUCAAUACAACGCGCGGUCUCUACAACCACUGGGCCGAUAUAGGGGGGGAGGUAAUUUGAAUUCAGGGCAUCGGUCCUCACACAGUGAGCCAUUCAGAAUAUCAUCUGAGCCGACUAUACUGCACCAAGAGCCGCCUACCUCAAUAUCAUAUUCACAUCCCUAUCUUCUGGCUUCCCACGCGGACAACACUCUCACUAUGCACCUCGUUGUCUCCACAUCCACGGGUCUUUUUGUCAAAGGUGGCCGAAGGCUUUGGGGUCAUACAUCAUCGGUCUCCGCUGUGCAAGUUAGUGAUCGUGGCAAAGCAGUAUCUGUUAGCUCACGCGGGGAUGAAAUCAGAAUAUGGGAACUUGAAACAAUUAUAUCAUCUCCAUUUGGGGCACAAAAGACAUUGAAGGGAGAGAGCAGUAUCCCGAUUAGCCCCGAAAACAAGCGAUGCGAAAGGCAGGAAGGCGUCAGCAUAAUGUCUGGCAUCGCCAGCUUUGAUUUUAAGGAAACCCAAUUGAUCUCCGAUGGUGCAUCUACUAAGCUGGCUCAAAUACGAGGCUGCGUUGGGUUUGAUGAUGAACGAGUGCUUCUGCUUCGAGAGCGGGAAGUUGGAACACAGUUACUUGAAUGUUAUGACUUCACAUGAACCAGACAUGUGAAUAGAUCUACAAGCCUCCCUCUCUGAUUCUUUAUCAAACGGAUGCCCAAUCUCUCUUAGUGUGUGUUUACGUAGAAUCCAGUGUUAUUCCCCGCCAGAAUUAAUUUUUGUCUAUGUACAUAAAUAAUUCUUUCUGGCGUCCUACUUCGGGUUCUCAUAUCUACAUAUCACGGCGACCACCAUUGUCUCCUGUGGAAUCUUUGGCCUAGG